GAGUAAAGUUUAUAACUGAGGUGUGAGCCAAAGCGAACGGCAUGUGAGAAUAUUUUAUAGUGGAAGGGGUGGGGGAGAUGCACGUGUAAGAAAUUUGUCUCAGCUGAAACCCAGAUAAAUCAACAACACCUGCAAUCAUGUAGGUGGUGUUGGCUAAAUGCAGAUAGUUGUGAAAUCGUAUUAGAAGGAAAGAUAUACCUACUGUGCAGGAAGGCAGAUUACUGGAGCUGCAAAUGAUUAUCUUUGCAGUAUGAUAUCAGUGCCGGAAGAAGGUGUGGUUUUUGUGCUUAAUUCAUAAUUUACCUAAAUUUUACGUGACAUAAUGGCUGGAAGAUUGCCUGCAUGUGUCAUCGAUGUUGGAACUGGCUAUACAAAACUGGGGUUUGCUGCAAAUAAGGAACCUCAGUUUAUCAUCCCAUCAGCAAUUGCGAUUAAGGAAACUGCAAAAGUUGGUGAUCAAGCUAUUCGCAGGCUGACGAAGGGAGUAGAAGAUUUAGAUUUUUACAUUGGAGAUGAAGCUUUUGAUGCUACUGGAUAUGCUGUAAAAUAUCCUGUUCGUCAUGGUCUGGUGGAGGACUGGGAUUUAAUGGAACGAUUCUUAGAACAGUGCAUCUUUAAAUAUCUACGUGCUGAACCUGAAGAUCAUUAUUUUCUAUUAACAGAACCUCCUCUAAACACACCAGAAAAUCGCGAAUACACUGCAGAGAUAAUGUUUGAAUCAUUUAACGUCCCGGGACUAUAUAUUGCCGUACAAGCUGUAUUAGCUUUGGCAGCCUCUUGGGCAUCACGUUCUGUUAGUGAACGCACACUCACUGGAAUAGUUGUGGAUAGUGGUGAUGGUGUUACACACGUCAUACCUGUGGCAGAUGGUUAUGUAAUAGGAAGCUGUAUAAAACACAUUCCUAUAGCAGGCAGAAACAUAACCUAUUUCAUCCAGUCUUUGCUGAGAGAACGUGAAAUUGGAAUUCCACCUGAACAAUCUCUGGAAACAGCAAAAGCAAUAAAGGAGCGUUAUUGUUAUAUUUGCCCAGAUAUCGCAAAAGAAUUUGCUAAAUAUGAUUCAGAUUCAUCAAAAUGGAUGAAGAAAUAUGAGGGCAUCAACUCUGUCACUAAACAACCAUUUGUUGUGGAUGUGGGCUAUGAGAGGUUUCUCGGACCAGAAAUAUUUUUUCAUCCUGAGUUUUCAAACCCUGACUUUACUAUGCCACUUUCCGAAGUGGUGGAUACUGUGAUUCAGAAUUGCCCUAUUGAUGUACGAAGGCCUCUCUACAAUAACAUUGUGCUUUCUGGAGGUUCCACUAUGUUUCGAGACUUUGGAAGACGUUUACAAAGAGAUAUUAAACGAACAGUUGACGCCAGAUUAAAAUUAAGUGAAGUACUCAGUGGUGGGAGAAUAAAGCCAAAACCUAUAGACGUGCAAGUGGUGUCACAUCACAUGCAGAGAUAUGCAGUUUGGUUUGGCGGAAGCAUGCUUGCAUCCACACCUGAAUUUUACCAGGUUUGUCACACAAAAGCAGCUUAUGAAGAAUAUGGGCCAAGUAUAUGUCGCCACAAUCCAGUUUUUGGAACUAUGACAUAAAUAAUGCACAAACAUUUUUAACAGAGAUAAUUAUUUGAAAAGCAGCAGUACGAUAAAGGUGAAUUUAUUAUUGGAACAGUGAACUCGAGUUAUUCUUAAUUGACAGCCAAAUCCAGUUUAAUUAUGUGGAUUGCUUAUUCAUUGUGAACUUGAAGAUUUAUUUUGGCCUACUUGAUACUGUCUGUUCCUGUCACUAAUUGUAAGGAUGUGUAAUUCAAAACAAAGAGGAUUUUGUUUUUUGUAUUUAAGUAUGUUGAUUGAUUUCAAAGUUUUGUACUCAUAUGCAUGGAAAUGCUAUUGUAAAAACAAAAAAAGCUACUACUAUGAAAAAAAAGUUGCUUUUUUUAUAAUCCUCCAGGUUUUUAUUAUUUACAAGAUAGCUCGCAUUUUUGCUUUUAUAGGUCUUGCUCAUGUGUCAUCAACAACUUUUACUUUUUGUAUAGUGUAUGUAAUUGUGUUUAUAAUAUUCCAAACAAUUCUGUUGCUUGUUGAAAUUUUUGUUCAGCGAAAGAAGUGUUAUGGAGGGAUCUGAUGCAUUUACUUUCCAGGACAGACGGCUGAAGUAAAUGAGAAAUGUUUAUACAAAACUUAAAAGCAUUCCUUAAAGAUGUCAUAUCAUAAUGUUGUUGAAACAUAUAGGGAGAAAAUGUAAUUUAUUCUUUGUCACAGCACGAGAUACAGAAUUAUAAACACGUUGUUAAAACCAGGAAAUGUUUCCUUUUUUCAGGUGAAGUAAAAUAAUAAAUAUGAGUUUCAUGUUUGGUGAGCAGUUGCAGUUA